CUGGACCGGGUGGUCGAGGAGAUCGCCGCCCGCGGCGCGGCCGGGCACGCCGUGGCCGCCGAUCUGGCGACCGCGGACGGCUGCCGGGCGGCCGUCGAGCAGGGCGCCGCCGCGCUCGGCGGGGUCGACGUGCUGGUGAACUGCGCCGGUGCCGCCCAGGGGGCCGACGUGCUGGGCCUGCCGGUGGAAACCAUCGAAGAGCGCUGGCGCUCAAGAGCUACGGCUACCUGCGCAUGGCGCAGCUCGUGA